AUAUGUAAACAAUUAAAUAGAAGAAUUUCAUUAAAAUUUAUAAAAACAAUAACUGUAGUCUGACAAAAACAAUGAAAGAUGAAUUUAUUGUUUACUCGAAAUGUUAUUGAAUUUUUUAAAAUCGUCUUCAUUCUUGCUGUUUUUUCAUCAACCACAAAGUGAUAUGUUUUAUUAUCGACAGUAACGUGCAUCUCCUGCAUUGUCGCUAUUUAUCAUUGAAAUGUUGCUCCAAUUACUUAUAAUUCAUUGGGAAAUAGCGGUCAACAUACCUGUUGAGAUCAUCGUUAAGUCAGCGUUGAAAAUUGGAAUGUUCCGUAUGGUCGAGUUUUGAAAAAAGAAUACGAAUAAUAACUAAAGGCAUUAGAUACGACGUUCAUUUCCAAUUCUUAACACUCCGUAAAUCUAUCUGUGUACAUUGGAUAUUACUAGCGUACGAGAAAGCAUAAUGGAGAAGAUUAAAUAUUAUCAGGAAGUGGGUGGAAUACGUACGUUUACGUUUUUCUCUGAAGAAUCAGUUUUAUCUGGAAUGAAUUAUAAAGCGAAACCUGGAGAUUUGUUUUUCGUUAGUUAUCCGAAAUGUGGAACAACUUGGAUGCAUUAUAUAGUCAACUUAAUACAUGGAAAAGGUCAAAUAUUGGAAGAUCCUUUAAAUUUCGUUUUAGAUUGUCCGUAUUUAGAAAUUGUGGGAGGAGAAUACAUAGAAAUGGCAAAACCAUUAGCCAUAAAAACACAUUUACCAUUUUCUGCUAUUCCUUUUUCUCCAGAAGCUAAAUAUAUUUACACUACCAGAAAUCCUAGAGAUUGCUGCGUUUCUUAUUAUCAUUUCAUGAAAUUACUUCCAUUUCCCCAGAAAGAAUUAAGUUUUCAAGAAUUUUUUGAGGCAUUUCUCCAUGGUAAUUUAGGAGGAGGCGAUUAUUUCGAUCACCUUCUCGGAUGGUACGAACAUAAAAAUGACAGCAACGUUCAUUUUGUAACAUACGAAGAUCUCAAGAAAGAUAUUAAAGGAGAAGUAUUGAAAAUAGCGAAAUUCAUGGGGGAAGAAUACGAAAAAAGUAUUUUGAAUGAUCCAACCAUAUUAGAAAAUAUUAUUUAUUACAGCAGUUUCGAUUAUAUGAAGGAAAGCAGCAAGAAGAACGUUGAUGUGUUUUUCGACAUAGACAAAACAUGGCUUGAAAGCCAAAAUUUACCUCCAGGGAUAAUGAAAGUUGUACAAAAUUUAAAUAAAAAGAAAAACAAUACAGAAAACGGGACUCUUGUUAGAAAAGGAAUUGUUGGCGAUUGGGAAAAUCACUUUAACGAAGAACAAAUACGAUUGUUAAAUGAAAAAAUUAUGGAAAGAACAAAAGACAGUGACGUUAUGAAUUUGUGGAAAGACAUUUUUGAAAACAAUUAAAUAUGUAAUUUAAUGACUUUUAUUACAUUUUUAAAAAAUAAAUCAUAAUUUUUAUUAUAAAUGUUACUUUUCAAUAAUAAUAAUAAUGUUAUAUAAAUAUAUUAGAAUUUUCAAAAAAAAAAAAAUUUAAGUUACAAUAUAAUCACAAGAAACUAUUGUAUACGGUUUAAAUCAUAACUAUCUUUCUGUAACAAUAUAUCAUAUGU